GCUGCAAACCACCGAAGAGGAACACAAAGAGAGAACAAAGCCUUCAUCCUACAGCACACUCGCAAUCCAUAGAGUCCAGUUCAUCCAAGCACAGAGCAUCAGCAAUGUCGCUUGUUAGGCGCAGCAGCGUGUUCGACCCCUUCUCCCUCGACCUCUGGGAUCCCUUCGAGGGCAUAUUCCGCUCCGUCGUCCCGUCGGCCGGCGCCUCCGACUCCGAGACGGCCGCGUUUGCGAACGCGCGCAUCGACUGGAAGGAGACGCCGGAGGCGCACGUCUUCAAGGCCGACCUCCCUGGGGUCAAGAAGGAGGAGGUCAAGGUCGAGGUGGAGGACGGCAACGUCCUAGUCAUCAGCGGCCAGCGCAGCAAGGAGAAGGAGGACAAGAACGACAGGUGGCACCGCGUCGAGCGCAGCAGCGGCCAGUUCAUGAGGCGGUUCCGCCUGCCGGAGAACGCCAAGGUGGACCAGGUGAAGGCCGGGCUGGAGAACGGCGUGCUCACGGUCACCGUGCCCAAGGCGGAGGAGAAGCCUGAGGUCAAGGCCAUCGAGAUCUCCGGUUAAGCGGCCAUGGACGCGGGUUGAAGAUGGUGCGAAUGUGAUGCUACGAGUCGUGCUUGCUUGAUGCUUGCUCUAGAUGUGUGUGUGUGUGUGUGUGUGCAUGAGCGUGUGGUGUGCUGUGGACGAUGUGUACUUUUCUUGCCGCUGUGCUUCUUUGCUCUGUUCUUCCGUGUAAAGGUCUUGUCGUUCCUUUGAGAAAUAAAUAAAAGCAGCUUUCAAAUGUUCUAAA